AUGUUAUGGAAUAUUCGAAGUGGCAUUUUAAUCAUUGCAUCAAUUCUACAGCUAUUUUUCUAUUUAACUCCAUGUUUAUGUCUUAAAUCGAUACCAUUAUGGAAUUGUAUUCCAAUUUGUUUCCAAGUUCCAAUCGUAAAACAACAUGAAGUAUCGCCAUCACUACCAUUUCCGCUUAUACCAAUAUCAAGUGGUGAAGACCAUGCAAGACAACAAAUUCAAGUGCAGCAGCAAAAGCAAUACAUUUCUGGUGAAAGUUAUCCAAAGCAUUUCAGUUCAUCAGGUAAUUUUCAUCAACUCAAUGAUGUAAACAUACCGGAACAACAACAACAACAACAACAACAACAACAGUAUGAGGAAGAUGAGUCAUGGCAAUCCGAUGAACAGAACGGUGAACCAAUCAUAUAUAUUGCUGAAACAACACCACAUCCAUAUGAUGAGAUAAUCGAUGAAAAAAAAUUAAUAUCAGAACAAUCACAACCAGUAUCAAUGUCUAAUCAAUAUGAUAUGGAUUAUUUAUUGGAAGCAUUAAAUGAUCUAACGACGAUCAGUGCAACUUCCAUGUAUCCGUUAACGACCACAGAUAUCGAAGAUACAUUAGAAGAUUCAAAAAAUAAUUUACAACGAACAUCAUUUAAUGUGUUAAAAAGACAAAAAAAAACAAAAGAUGCAUUCAAACGAAAUUAUCCUGCAAAACGAGCUAUAUUUCCAUCUGCUGUAUGCAAUAGUAGAAGACUUAAGAAGGUUAUAUUACAGGCAAUAACAGAUGACGUAUCGGAAUCGAAACGUAGAGUGACGGAAGCAGCUGAAUAUGCCUAUCAGGGAAUCAAAUUUGACGUAAUUUGUGCGGAAGGUGAUUUUAGCUAUACCAUCCAUGCAAAGAAAUAUUGUGAAGUCACGAAAAAGGAUAUAACUUGUUUUGCAUUUCGAUAA